UUGAGGUAUUAAAUAUGUAUGCUUGUUGUUUUUCUUCCUUCUCAAUUAAUAUUUUGGUUAAAGGAUGACUGAAAGGAACCUUCAAAGAUCAUGACGACAACACCUCCCACCAUAACGACGUCAACUGCAGCUACUGUGGAUGAAGUGGAUGAAUGGUACAUUCCUCCCUGGUUACAUGGAGUAGCUGGUGUUGGAAUGAGUGUUCUGAUACUGCUUGCUGUGGUGGGCAACCUGCUCGUUAUCAUCUCCUACUUCAGAGACAAACAACUACAGACUGUCCACAACCUCUACAUCCUCAACCUGGCUAUAGCGGAUCUCUUCCUUGGAGCUAUCAGCAUGAUCUUCUAUGCAGAUUACACGCUCAGAUCCUGGAAGUGGGUGUUUGGUCGAGUGUUCUGCAAGAUAUGGUGCGUUAACGAUAAUUCUAUGUGCUUGAUGUCUGUGCUGCUCAUUCUCCUUUUGAGUCUUGACAGAGUCAUCCUUCUUAGAAAUGGAGCUGAGUAUAUCGCCAAAGAGACAAAGAAGGUAGCAAUGGUGAAGAUAGGUAUAGCCUGGGUCAUAGCAUUUGGGAUAUAUGGCCCUUGUGUUAUCUUUUGGGACAUCGCAAGAGGGAACAGUAUCGUUGCAGAUGGAGAUUGUGAUGCUGAGUUUAUUAUGAAUGUCGAUUUUACUCUUAUCACGGCACUAUUCGAACUGACCAUUCCUUUCAUUGCUCUAAGCUGCCUCAAUCUUUUGGUGUUUUUAGCAAUAAGGAAAAGGCUGCGAAUCUUCCCAAAAGGGAAUCACUCCACAGGUGUUCACACAGAGCAUGUGCACGACAAAGGACAAUCAACGAAUCAAAAUAUAAGGAGUCUUAAUGGAAAGCUUACUAAAGGGGAACCACCUUUUCAUUCCACAGAAGGAAGGCCCGUUAGUGUGAUCAUUGUGCCAAAUGAACAAGUACAACAUCAGCACCACAGAAACAACGAUGUUGUUGUCCAGAAUCCAAACACAGUGAAACAAACGUCAGCCAGAAAGGAUUUGAAGGCAGCUAAGUCAUUAUCUGUAUUGGUGGUAACCUUCUUCAUCUGUUGGGCACCGUAUACCAUCGCUACUUUUGCAGUGACGCAAUGUGAUGACUGUCUCAACAAGCACGUGUAUGAGUUCUUCACUUGGCUCCUGUGGGUUAAGUCGUCCAUCAAUCCGUUUCUUUAUGCAUCUCAGAGUAAGAGAUUUAAGGAGAAUUUCAUCAAAGUUCUGCCCUUUCUGAAAUUCUGCACUAAGAAAGAUCGUGAAUAAAGAGGUUUGUAUUUUAGGCCAAUGCAUGUGCUUCACAAACUGAGAAAGGACAUGGUAAAUAAAAGAGCAAAACAAAAAACAUUUUCAUAAUCAAAAGCAUGAGCAUGUGUUUAUGAAUCUCUACGAAAUAGUGCUGAUUCAAGGUGUUGGCAAUAAGGUGAGCAUAUCAUGUCCCAACGGUGGAACCCGUCACAAACACAUGCAAAGGCAAGUCGCAUCCUUUAUGUGAUAGCACAGCAAUCCGUUGUUUUUUCUUAAUAAGGAAUUACUUUUUACUGUAUUCAUAUAUGGUUAGUGUCAUCUGUCCUCAGUAACGGUUAUAUUCUGUAGGCGGGGCGGUGGUAGCCUUGUGGUUAAAGCGUUCGCUCGACCGGUGUUCGACACCCGUGAAGAUCCGGGGUAGAAUAGGUAUUCAGCUUGCCGUAAAGGGCGAUUACGCUUGUCGUAAGAGGCGACUA